CCCAUGGCUGGUCAUGUGACGUUUGUAUCGCUGAAAAGUCAUUUGCUAACUUCGUUUAUCUUUUAGAUAUUUUCCACUACGUAGUGCACCAUUUUUUGGAAUUGUAUUUCGGCACGUCAUUUGGCGUAAAUUACUUUCAAAUUAACAGUAUUACGUUUUAAAAUUGUGGAAAAUGGUUUCCCCAUGGGUUGCACCUAUCAUCAUCACCUGUAUUUGGGGCUUCAUUGGAAUAAUCUGUCCAUUCUUAGCUCGUGGACCUAACAAAGGUGUCACUCAAUGCUGCUUAAUGUUGGUAGCUUCCACCUGUUGGCUAUUCUGGCUGUGCUGUUAUAUGACACAGAUGAAUCCACUUAUUGGCCCUAAACUAACCAGGAACGAGAUCUUGAUUGUUGCUCGAGAAUGGGGAAACCCUAUCAAAGAUACAAUUGAUAUUACAUAUUAUUAGUGUAUGCGUCAUUCGUCAUCAUUCUUGUGGUCCGCAAUUUUUGCAUAGGACCUUCCGUUAAUAUGUUAUUUAAUUGUUUUGUUUGUUUACAAAUAUCUUUAAUGUGCCUAUCGUAUUAUGAGUGUGCUACUAUUCAAGCACGAAGGACAUAUCUGGGUUCCCGUUUUGGCUGCCGAGCAAAUUAUCUUAAAUAAACAUGUUAAGAUUGCGAUAUGCAAUAUUCUGUCAGUAACAAUAAUUGUAAUACAAAGUGUCCUUAUACAAAUAUAUACAAUCACUUUUGCCGAAAUAUAAAUUUAAAAAUUAA